AACAACUUUCAGACAACAACAGCAACAACAACGCACAACGAAGCAGGCAACAACAAAGAGCAGUGACUACAGUUAGCGCUGCGGAAGAAUUUAAAGUAAGUAAUUCCGCGUGCAAACGAAGAAGAAGCAGAAGCUGAAGAAGCAGCAACCGCUAGGAGCAGACGCAGUCAAUGCAAUGCAAAAACUGAACGAAGCUCGCAGCUGAACGAAAGUUGAGCACGAGAGAGAGAGUGCGAGAGAGAGAGAGAGUGAGUGCCAGCCGGCAGCUUAGCCGCGCCAUGAACUUGACUGGCAUUGCGAGCGACUGAGUCAGUUGUCGGUCAGACGCGCACGCAUGCGCACGCGUUUAAAGUGAAUUUUGAGGCAUUGUUCGAAUAUUUGUGAGCCGUUAAAUACGCGGCAACCGUUAGGCCGUAGGCGUGUCUAGCGCACAAAUGAGGUAAUUGCAGCUGGCCACUGUUGAAAUUGAAUUUGGCUUUCAAUUUGGUAAAACAAAUAGAAAAUGUGCUAAAUGCAGCAGCGAAAUUGCAAACAACGCGACGAAAAACAACAACAACAGCAACUAUAAUACAGCAAUACAUAAGAAAAAAAGAAAGCAAGCCAAGUUGCGCGUGCCACGCACUGGCCAAAAGUAUUUGUGAAAAUCAAUUCUACAAUUUACCAAUAAUAAUUGUGUUUGCGUGCUAAUCGUGUUUUGUGCGGAACAACAAAAUUGUCUGGCGGCAACAGUUGCUGAUUGUUUGCCCCUUUUGGCCCAGUUAAUUGGCCACAGUCAGCCGAGCGCAACCAACUAUACAAAUAGUUAAGUUCAGCGCCAAUUGGCCCCGAAUUAACCCCAAGCAAAGGUGUCAAAUUGUUUGCAAAUUGAAAAUGCGCAACCCUGCAACAGACAGCAAAAACUGCGCCAGCCUUAAUUGGCCAAGAAGUGAGAGCCAGUGCACAUCCUCAACGCAGCGGCGGCGGCGGCGCAAUAGAAAUCGCCCCAACAUGGCCAAUAUAAAGUCGAACAAAUGCCGUCUGCAUUGGCUGCUGCAGCUGGCCGCGCUCCUCCUCUGCCUAAUCCAGUGCGCCAGCCUAGUCAAUGCGGAUGAAAGCCAGCUCUCCACAACACCUUUAACACCUGAAACGACCACAGAGACAGCAGCAGCAGCAGCAGAGACGACGACGACGACGACGACGACGACAGCUGCUGCGGAGGAUUGGCGGCCCAUUGUGAAUGCGACAAGGUCGCCGUUGGGCGGGAAACAGCGGCUGGACGGAAGCGAUUCGCUGCUGUUGCGCUUGGCGCGACGCUUCUCCAGCGGCAACGAGCUCUGGGAUGGCCUCAUACGCGACUGCUACCUGAAGCCGGACAUGUCCUGCUUCCAGAAGAACGUCUACAGCUACCUGGAUGGCGCCCUGGAUACGCAGGAUGUGAACAUCACGCAGCGCGUGAAGUUCUACAGGAAUCAAGUGCAAUACGAGCCGGAACAGCAGCCGGAGGAGACGGCCAAUGAGGCGCGUUCUGCUAGUCCGGAAAGCCCCAUCGAGGAAGUGUCCAAUGCGCUGUACGGCAAAACAAUCAAAUUUGCCAUGACACAUGAUGUGGAAGUCGAUCUGCCCGAGAUCGUUUUCAACGGAGCCACAUUUCGCAUCUCCCCGCGCUCCAUCGAAGGCAACGGGGUCAUUGCCAAGCUGGAGCUGAUACCCAAGCAGCUGGUCCAGGCGCGUCUCGCCGGUGCCAUGAUCAAGAAGAAGAUACACAAAUUUCUACGCAACAAAUUGCUGCUGUCAUUUAUUGCAUUGGUGCUCAUUAUUAAGAUCAUCAAGAUCAAGUUAUUCUGGUUGCUGCCCAUUGUGAUUGGCGUUGGGGCCGCCAAGAAGCUGCUGCUCAAGUUCCUGCUCUUCCUCUUCCCGGCGUUAACGCAUCUCUUCAAGCUGUGCUCCUACUACCAGCAAUCCUAUCACGGCACCAAAUACCAUCAUCAUCAUCAUCUGAUCAAUCAUCAUCACACGGUGGUGCCGCCUUGGCAUAGCGGUGAGCAGCAUCAUUCGGUGCCGGAAAUCAUCUACACGCAUCCGCCGAAGGGACAUCCCUCGGCCUAUCUGCAUGGCGCGCCCGUCCACGAGAGCUACGGCCCCGGGCCAGGAUUCGAGCACUUUGAGGGCGCCUGGGAGAACAGCGGUCCCGGUCUGGGCUCCGACUCAAGGCCGGCAUUUGGACAGCACAGUCCGGUAUAUGUCGCAGCGCCAGGGCCAGGACAAGCAGCCGGACCUGGACCGGGACCAGGACCAGGACACGGACCAGGACAUGGACCAGGACCAGGCCUAACAGCCGCUGCGAAAUUUGCGGCGCAAUACGAACCAGCGCGAAACAACAACCAGCAACAGAUACAACAACUACAGCAACAACAACUGGAACAACAACUUUCGCCAGAGAUGGCUGCUCAGCUGAAGGAGGCCAUACGCAUACAGGCGGAGCAGCGACUGAUUCAACAGCAGCAGCAAAUUCUGGAGCAUCAGCCUUUCGUGCAGGAUGGACAGCCGCUUUAUCCGCUCAACUACGAUCCGUUCUACAGUCCCAUAUUGCUGAAGAUCGACAAAAUCAUCGAACAGCUGGGCGUUAAGAAUGAUCUGUGCAAGGAGCGCAUCGUGUGCAGCAUGUACAAGGAUCCGGCCGCAUACAGUCCGCACAGCAACUUCAUCUCCGCCGAGCUCAGUCGAGAGACGAGCGAAUUGGAACCCGUGACGCAUGCGAAUGAGGCAGUGCGUCGCUUCUAUCGACUCAUACAGGCGGCCCGGGAUGGGCAGGAUCAAAAGGAUUGCCACAGCCUCUAUCCGCAGUGCAAUAUGCCGGCGAAGUGAUAAAUUGCUGGCAGCGGCAGCUGCAUUGAGUACAAUCAAAUCUGUUGAGUCAACAAUUCCUUGUUAAAUCGAACUGUGAAUAUGCGAAUUAUUUAAACCUAUUUAAGUCUAAUUUAAUUGUUAAUCUCUUAUUUAUUUAUUUAUUGAUUUAUUUAUUAAUUGCGUAUUGAAUGUCAUGUGCGCCCCUCGAAUGCCGUCUCAAUGUCUAAUUAAUAUUCAUUCUGAUUUUGUUGCAACUAUUUUUUUUACAAUUUAUACAAUUUACACAUUUUUUUACACCAUUUUGGCCUUCAACUAUUUGAGCUCUUGUUGCAAUAACAAUAAAAAAGAGCGUGCAUAAAUAACAAUUGAAACAUAAAAUGAAAUCAGGAUUUGCAUUAAUUACAGACUGGCAAUCGAGGCUGUAAAUCAACGAAAAACAUCCCAUUCUGUAGUCCAUAGAAAUAUUGUUGCUUACAUUUUUUAAAACGAAAACAAAAAUUAUAUUUAAAUAAAACAAAACU